AUAUUCGUUCAAUUUAACGUUCAUGUAUAUGAAAGAGAAAAAAAUCCUACAAAAAGAAGAGAAUUCUAGAGAGAGAAAGAAGAAAAAAAAAAGGGAGAAUAGAGAUUUUCUUGUUUCUUUUAAUUUGUCUCUCCUUCCAACACAUUCUGCUCUUCUUCUUCUUCGUCAUCACUCUUUUCUCCUCUCUCUCUCUUUCAGUUUUACUUUGUCAACAGAAAUUCUCCUUUUUUCUCUCCAUUUUUGUUGCAAAUUCUCCUUUGAAAUGCUGUAAUUAACAUGAACAGAGUGCGCAUUGCUGCACACCAAUGAAUCCGACCACUGUAGACCCAACACAACCACCACCACAGCUACCUCAGCUGACACAACCACCGCGCUCUUCCUUCAGUUGUGACCGACACCCAGAUGAACAAUUCACCGGUUUUUGUCCUGAAUGUCUCUGUGAACGACUCACCACCUUAGAUAACAACAGUAACAAUAACAAUCCUUCUUCUUCUUCUCGACGUCCUUCUACUUCUUCAUCUUCUGCUGCUGCUGCUGCUAUUAAAUCCCUUUUCUCCAAACCUUCUGUUUCUUCUUCUGUUGCUAAUCUUCCUCCUAAACCCAUUAAACCCACUUCGUUUUUUCCCGAGCUUCGUCGGACUAAGUCGUUUUCUGCUUCUAAAAACGAGGCGUUGGGGUUUAAUACUGCUGCUUUUGAACCCCAAAGGAAAUCCUGUGACGUUCGUGGUCGUAAUACCCUUUGGUCUUUGUUUUCUAUUGACGACGAGACAAAAACUGGGAAACCCACUUGUUCGCAAAAGCAAAAUCCGAAUGAUAUUGGUGACGGGUUUGUUGGUAGACCAGUUAAAGAGGAAGAGGAAGAAGACGAACCCGAAAACGAUGAAGAUUCUGGAAAUGUGGUUGAUGAAAUAAUUGAAGAGGAGCUACCGGUGGAAAAUGAGGUGGAACCGGAGAUUGUGGUGGAAGAGGGGGUGAAUGGGGAUAUAUUGAAACCGAUGAAAGAUCAUAUAGAUCUUGACUCGCAGGGCAAAAAAGGUUCAGGAGGAAAGGAUUUGAAGGAAAUUGCAGGGAGUUUUUGGUCAGCUGCAUCGGUAUUUAGCAAGAAAUGGCAUAACUGGAGGAAAAAACAGAAGCUGAAGAAGAGAAACAAUGGAGAAAACUCGGGUACAUUGCCUGUAGAAAAACCCAUUUCAAGGCGUUAUAGAGAUACCCAAUCCGAGAUAGCAGAUUAUGGUUUUGGAAGAAGGUCCUGUGAUACUGAUCCUCGGUUUUCGCUCGAUGCUGGGAGGAUAAGCUUUGAUGAUCCAAGGUACUCUUUCGACGAACCUCGUGCUUCAUGGGAUGGUUAUUUGAUUGGUAGGAGUUUUCCUAGAAUGCCACCAAUGGUUUCAGUUAUAGAAGAUGCCCCAGUUUUGCAUAUUCCGCGGUCCGAUAAUCAAAUACCAGUUGAGGAGCCGCGUCUUUCAAUGACUUCUAUCAAUGAGGAUGAAGGGGUUCCUGGAGGGUCUACUCAGACUAAAGAGUAUUACUCGGAUUCAUCUUCGAGGAGAAGGAAGAGUCUUGAUAGGUCUAAUUCAAUUAGGAAGACUGCAGCUGCUGUUGUGGCAGAAAUGGAUGAGAUGAAGGCAGUAUCUAAUGCUAAAGUAUUGCCUGCAAUGGGUGAUCAAUUUCUUGGAGCCAAAGUGUUGGUUGGUGAGAGGGAUUCAAAUUCUAAUUCCAAUUCUUUAAGAGAUGACUGCUCUGAGACUUUUGAAUUGACAGGUUUUAGGGAUAAUAGUUCAGUGAUUGGAAAUGGGGAACGAAAGGAGUCGAAAAAGUCAAGGAGGUGGGCCUGGAAUUUAUGGGGUUUUAUACAUAGGAGAGUUAGUGGGAACAAAGAUGAAGAAGAUGAUAGGUAUAGUAGAUCAAAUGGAGUGGAGAGGUCGUUUUCAGAAUCUUGGCAAGACUUGAGGACAAAUGGUGAUGUAAGAGGUGGUAUUAAUAGGAAGGUAUUCAGGAGUAACAGCAGUGUGAGCUGGAGAAAUUCGACCGGUAUUGGUGGAUCAUUUGGGAGUAUGAGGAAAUCUAGUGUUGAGAUGAAUGGACAUGUAAAGAAGAAAAGAGAUGAUAUUGUAUUUGAGAGGAAUCGGAGCGCUAGGUAUUCGCCUAAUCAUCUCGAUAAUGGACUCUUGAGGUUCUACUUGACACCCAUGAGAGGCAGCCGGAGAGGUUUACCAGGAAAAAGUAGAACAAAUGGCUCACACUCGAUCGCGAGGAGUUUACUUCGACUGUACUGAGAUCCAAGGAACGAGUUUGAGGUUUAGGACGACGUACUACUAGUCUCGCUUACCUUUCUUGGUAAUAAGAUUAUCGACGAUGUCACUGCAGGAAAAAUUGCUUUUUGAAGUUUCAGCAUUCACUUGCUGGUAGGGAAACUCAUUUGAGAAGCUCCAUUCUGAGGUAUCAAGCAAAUUUGUGCAGAGUAUUGAUUGGGAAAGAACAAUCUAAUUAUUGUGGAUUAUCAAAAAUCUACCUUGGACCUUGUUUAGAAAGAUUGUAUUAACAACUGCUGCUAAAGCUUCAAAUAGGGGGAUUCUGUAAACAAAAUCCUGCAUAUUGUUCCCUUUAGUGAUAGCUUGCAUGUAUAAAUGUUGACUUAAUUGGGAUAUGUAGUAGUGUCAACUCCUCUUAAUGCAUAAGAGUUGAGUUUUUCUUGUUUUCUUAAUUGGGGUCUGUAUCUUUCAUUGGUAUUGGUUAGAAAUGAAAAGAGAAAUUGGUGGAUUGGUUGCAACAA